AUGACCGAAAAACUCCCUCCAGGAACCUUAUGUGUGGUAUGUGAAGACAUCGCCACUGGAAAUCACUAUUCCGUUCCAUCAUGCAAUGGAUGUAAAACUUUCUUUCGACGCGCUGUCGUGAACAAUAGAAUGUUUACUUGCAUGGGGAAUGGUGACUGUCCUGUCAACAAAGGCGUACGAUGUGCUUGCCGUCACUGUCGUCUCAAAAAAUGUCUUCUUGUUGGGAUGGACAAAAAAUCAAUUCAGAACGAUCGCGAUCGGAUUGGCUAUACGAAGCGAACACGCAAGUGCGAUAAGAUGAACUCGGAUGGAUUAAUCGAUAACAACGAAAUGCGUCAUUCCUCGCACUCCCCCGAUUCGUUUAGCCCUGAGGACAUUCGUCUUGGACCUAGUUGUUUGGAUUCGAAGGAGCACAAACAUGACAAUAACGCUGUUGAUCCAAUGCUUGAACGGCUUACAACGCUGGAAAAUAAUCUGACUCUUCUGCUCAGUCGUGCCGAAAUUGAGCCAUAUGCUUCGUUGGAUGAUGCAUUGGCAGCACCCAGUCGUUUCCAUCAACCUAUUAGUGUUAGGAUUACCGAUCCCAUUGCCUCUCCCAAGCCGGGAAUGGAUGAAAAUAAAAUGCCUUUUUGGAGAUCGCGGAUUAUAGCCCUGUAUAUCGACUGGGCGAAGUCUUUCGCUUGCUUCAGGAAUCUUCCUCAUGCAGACAAGGUGGCGCUUAUAACGAAUCACGCCAGCUCCUACAUGAUCAUGUGUGAAGCAUUUCGAACUCCUGAACAUGUCGAUGAGAAAAAAUUGGAGACAGCUGUAAUCUCCCGCUCAGCCGGCAACGAUCAUCUGCAAGGGAUGUUGAGCAAUAAGAAUUUGGACUUGUUUAGAAUUAAAACUGAGCCCACUUCUGACAGUCCAGAAUUAGCAACGAUACGACUUCCAACAGAGUAUGGAACACUGCCAGCAGACUAUGGAUCGUUGAUUCCACAGGAUUAUGGCCGUCCUGUUCGUGGCAUAGAAGGACGAUCCGAGAUGCAUACUUUUUUCGACAGCAAGCUUUUCGAAGAUAGCGUUGGAUCUCUGAAAACGAAUCGUGCAUUACCUAUCACAGAGGGAGUUGCUGCUGGUUGGUUACCCAUUGGGUUGCAAGAACGUCGUCACGAUGUCGCAGCCGCUGGGAAAGCGUUGUCGUUUAGUUUGUCGGGGUUAACACCGGUGAUGGCCGCAAUGAUUGAUUAUGUGAUGAAGCCAUUUCGCCAACUGAAUAUCUCUACUACCGAAUUUGCUGCGCUGCAGGCGAUCAUGUUUUUCGAUCCUGAUACGGAAGGGAUUGACUCAGCGAGUCAACGUAAUGUUGCCGCCGAGCAAAAGAAGUUGCUCACUGCUUUACACAGACAUAUUCAACGGAACUAUAAAGGAACAUUGGCUGAUGAACGAUACGCAAAUAUUCUACUGAGAAUCCCAACCAUUCGGAAAGUUGCUGCGAAGAAGAAUGAGUCACUACAAAUGAUCGAUAUGCUCAAUUUGUUCGCUCUUAAUUCGUUAGUUAAGGAAACUGCAUUAGGGGUUCGAUCAUCAUGUUCAAGUACACCAGCCUUAGGAGCUACCAUAAAUGUAACAUACCACUCCACAACAAAAUAG